AUAUUUUUAGACACCGUUAUGAGGCGUGAUGUGUGUGAGCCGUGGGGCUGGAAAGCACCUUUUUUUUCCUCUCUCCUCCUGCUGACGACACGACGGUGACUGCGCGUCCGUACAGGAGCUCAUCAUCAUCAUCAUCAUCAUCAUCAUGUUUACCUGAACGCGGAUAACGGGGCUGACAAAUGGCCUAGAAAUAAACAGAAAUAGCACCUGCGGCUCUCGACCGUUCACGGAACCGGAUCCGCUCGUUUUCCUAAAGGCUCGGUGUCUCGUGAGGAGCCUGGAAAAACCGCUCCAAAUGUCAACUUGUGCAGUGACAAACUUCAACAAUGGCUUGGAGGCCAGUUCAGACUCCGAUGACGAGGACAAGCUACACAUUGUGGAGGAGGACAGCCUGCAGGAGCCUGAGGUCGCCAAAGCAGAUGGGACUACGCCGCAAGACAGCCAUGACGCCACCACAACAGUAUUACCCCAUAAUGGCUCCUUGAACGGAGUGAAAGAGGAGUGGGUGUCAGAAGAAGAAGAAGAAGAAGAAGAAGAGGAAGAGGAGGAGGAGGAGGAGGAGGAGGUGGUGAAGGAUACGCUAGUGGAGGAGAUUCUCCAGCAGGGAGACACAGCCAUCAUCUAUCCCGAAGCCCCUGAGGAUGAGCAGAGUCCAGCAGAGACAGGAGGCGCUGAUGAAAACGGCACACCAGAUUCCUUCUCCCAGUUGCACACGUGCCCUUACUGCUCCCGGGGCUACAAGCGCAACGCCUCGCUGAAGGAGCACAUCAAGUAUCGCCACGAAACCAGCGAGGACAACUACAGCUGCUCGCACUGCAGCUACACCUUCACCUACCGCUCGCAGCUGGAGAGGCACAUGAGCCACCACCGGGGCACCAGGGAGCAGCGUCACGUUACCCAGUCGACAGGAGCAUCGGGAGGAACAGGGGGAACCCGCAAGUUCAAGUGUACUGAAUGUUUAAAGGCCUUCAAGUACAAGCAUCACCUGAAGGAGCACCUGCGCAUUCACAGCGGUGAGAAACCGUACGAAUGCUCAAACUGCAAGAAGCGAUUCUCCCACUCAGGCUCCUACAGCUCCCAUAUCAGCAGUAAGAAGUGUGUGGGUGCAGCACCUCCUAAUGGCGUCCCUCGAACGUCGAUCAAAUCCCCUCCGCCCACCACCCAGACCACACCGGUCGUAAUCGCUCCGGCCCGUGUGAUUCUUAAAGAGAAGACUGAAAGCAAACCCCUCCAGGAGCAGCUCCCCGUCACCCAGAUCAAAUCUGAACCUGUGGAAUACGAGUGCAAGUCCGCGAUGGCGGCACCGGCAACUUCAGCUAGUACCAACGGAGUGGUGAACGGAGGUACGGCUCAGCCAGCUGUGGUUCCAGCUGCAACCCUGCCUCAGGGUGUGGCUAUGGUCUUACCCACAGUUGGCCUGAUGUCGCCCAUCAGCAUCAACCUGAAUGACUUGCAGAAUGUGCUCAAGGUGGCGAUGGACGGAAACGUGCUCAGGCAGGUGCUGGGUACAGCUAAUGGGGUGGUGACGCAGGGCAAGCAGGGAAUUGUAGUCCAGCAGCCCCAGCAACAGAUCAUCAGCCUGCCGGCCUUCGUGGAUCACGACGGCACCACGAAGAUCAUCAUCAACUACAGCAUCAGCCCUGCAUCCGCCACCACUGCCACUACCCAGCCUGCACCGCUCGUUGCCAAAAACAAUCCUCCUCCCCUUCCCACUGUCACCACUGCUGCAGCUCCCACCCCCUCCAAAACAGAUAAAUCCCCAACCCCAGAGGUGGCCGACCUCACCAUCGUAAAGACAGAGCCUGAAUCAGUGGCCAUCACGGAGACGGAGGCGGUCACGCAGACAAAAAUGAAAACUGUUAAGACUUCAGCCGCCCAGACAGCUCAGAUGCCAAAAGCCAACAGCAGCAGUACGUGUUUACUAUGUGAUGACUGUCCCGACAACCUGGAGGCAUUGCACCUCCUCCAGCACCGCAAAGCAGCCAAUGGGGAGGCUGUUGACUCUGCAGCUUUGGACCCCUCGUUCGCUGCUCUGCUAAGCGAGGCAGGGGUAACGCUGGAGGAGCCGCCCGUCGACGACCUCCUCUCACUCCUCAAGACCUACUUCGCCUCCAAUGCCAACCCCAGCGAGGAGGAGCUGUCAAAGAUCUCAGAGUCUGUCAGAAUUCCCGUGGACGUGGUCAGAAAGUGGUUUGCCAAGAUGAACUCUGGGAAAAAUGUGGGCAAAUUCCGCAAUAACGCUAGAGCGGUUUCCAAAAAGACUGAAAAUUCCAGCUCGGAGGAUGCCUCGAAUCAGAAUGGAGAGGCAGAGGAAGACAGCACCCAAGAAACAUCCAACAAAGCCUCAUCAGAAUCUGGCAGCGCUUCCCCGUCAGACUCUUCACCACUUAGCCUCAACACCGGGGACCUCGUCAUCGUUAAAAGUGAGCCAGAGGACCCCGAGAACCCGGACUCCCAGGCAGAGCCGCUUGACCUCUCCCUUCCUAAACAUCUUGCAGCGGCACUGGAAACAAAAAUGGCCGCACCUCCCACCAAGCUGCAGGAACAGCCCCUGAACCUGACCUGCCUGAGGAAGGAGCAGCUGGAGGGUCGAACCAUCUACGUCACCACGCCUCAGACCGGAAGAUCUGUCAACAUCGUCACUGCCACACAGCUGCCCACACUGGUGGCCAUCGCCGGGCAGGGCACGGUGGGCUGUCUCAGCGCAAUCAACACCACGACGAAGCGCACCAUCCUCAUCCCCCAGCUCACCUACACCUACGCCACUACGACCGGCAACGCCACUGGAGCAAAGACUGUUGUACUGAACGGCCACAAGCAGGAGAAGAGGCUGGACACCAGCUCUGACGGUGUUUCCACGGUGGAGGAGCAGAAUGAUUCGGAUCCGAAGAAGCGACGGCUGGAAAAUGGCGUCUACCCGUGUGAUCUUUGCUCCAAAGUCUUCCAGAAGGGCAGCUCCUUGCUCAGGCACAAAUAUGAACACACAGGAAAACGGCCCCAUGAGUGCAACAUCUGCAAGAAGGCCUUCAAACACAAACACCACCUGAUUGAACACUCGAGGCUGCACUCCGGUGAGAAACCCUACCAGUGUGAUAAGUGCGGGAAGCGUUUCUCUCACUCCGGCUCCUACUCCCAACACAUGAACCACCGCUACUCCUAUUGCAAGAAGGACGGGCCAAACUCCGGCGCCGCUUCAGGGCCACGCAGGGCUCAGUCGGAGCUCGGCAGCCCCGGCACCGGACCGCAGUCGGACAGUCGGACCACGACCCCGCCCUCCCAACUGGACUCAGACGAGAGGGAGAGCGAGGAAGAGGAGGACGAGGACGACGAGGCCAUGUGUAUGGACGACAUCCGGGUCGUGCAGGUGGACGACGGCGAGUGCGAGAUCUACGAGGGUAACUUCGACGACGAGGACGAGGAGGGAGAAGAGAUGGCGGAGGAAGAGACGGCAAGAGAGGAAGCGGCGGAAAGAGAGAAGGAGGACGAGGAGGUUGUCUGCGAUGUGGUGGAGAUCGAGCUGGGGGACGAUCACAUGGAGGACGAAGAGAUGGAGGAAACAACCGAGGAAAAGGAGGAAGCGGCAAGUGCGGAUACGGAGGAAAUGGCAGACUGUGAAGCAGAUACGGACAAAAGCAUCAGGGAGGGGUCAGACAGCGUCGAACCCACCGAGGAAGAGGCGACAGACGCCGAAUGAAGGAAGGAGAAUCUCUCCAGGACAGUUCCAGUGUGUCGGUCAUUAAAGUCAAAUUAAGACAAAACCGCAGAGGAGUCAUGAAAGUCACGGCGGUUGCCUGAUCUUAACGGUCCACUACUGUGUACAAAAACCCAGGUGUGCCUGAACUUGAAAAAAGAAGAAAACAAAAACGAAACAGUGACUUUUUUCUCGUGGAAAUGAAAUAUCAGUGUUAAAAAUUGUUUAUAGAAGUACAGAUUUUAAAGCAGAACUCACCCAUCAACUUGUUAGACUUGUUACUGAGACAUCCCAGGUUGUUUUAUUGUUUGUUCAUUUGGUCAGUGUUACUAAUCUUGUUCUUGUUUGAAAACAUUUUAACCUGUAAAGAUGAGAAAGAUUUCUAUACCUUUUUAUUGCCAAUGAAGUUUCCUAAAUCAGUAUUUUAUUGAGUUCUACGAACAAAAACCUCUGCACUACAGUAUUCCUGGUUUACCUAUGGAUACAUGCCUCAUGCAUUGUAUGCCCUUCAGUGUUAUAUACGUACACUAGCUAGCGAUAUGUUGUUCGUGUUAGUGUUAGUCUUUGCUAGCUAGCAUUCAUUUUGUUUUCAGUUUGACUGUUAGCCUUAAGGAAAACAACGUAUUCUUGGGGAGGGUUGUGGGCGGGAUGGGGAGUCCGGGACGAGAACGUGGCUUCUUUAUGCCAUAACCAAAUUUGUCCUAUCAGGGAAGGUAGAGUCACAACCUCAAAGCCAGCAUCGGGCGCCUGUGUUUUGCAAACCCGGCGCAGCCUGUACGGGCGGAGUCUCCAGAUUCAAAAGCAGACUCCGCGUCGCCCGGCUCAGCCGUGGUUCCAAAACGCACGCGCCCAUUCUUACCAAGCUUCUCCUUAUUUUGGUUGACUUACGUUCUGGGUCAGUGUUUCAGUGUUAUUAGCUUAUAUAUGAAGUCAUACUGUACGUGAAGGAACGGGGACGUUUCCUGCUCCACCCCAAUGCCUCCAGCCUUAUGCAAGACCUGUGUGCUGUUAAAAGUGCCAUUGAACAGUGUUAUCAUUUCUUCUUCACACAUGUAGCCAGUAUUAUUAUGUCCCUCUGUUACUUACACAAGACCCAUAUUGACUAAUGUUUGUCGACUUGCACAGAACAGCAAAUUUGUCACAACGACUGAAAAAAUACUUCCUGUGAAAUUCAUUUGGAAUAUUUUUGAGGCCUUUUUAAAAGUAUUUGAACCAGACCUGAAAGCUGGGAAACACAGUAUUAGGGCCUCAACUAAUGAUUAUUUUCAUUAAUCAAUGGAUUGUUUAUUGUUUAUUGUCUAUAAAAUGAGAUAAAGUAGUGAAAGGACACAUUUUAAUUCUCCAGAGCCCAAGAUGGCGCCUUCAAAUGUCUUGUUUGGUCCAAACAGCAAUCUGAAACCCAAAGAUAUUUAGUUUACAAUGAUCCAACCAUCACAUAGCUGCAAACACAGACUGACAUAAUUUGAUCAGUUGUUGGUUGUCGAUCAACUAACUGAUCGAUUAAUCGCUUCAGCUCUACGUAUUCCAUCUCCAGUAGCUGAGAAAUGUGGGAAUUGUGUUGAAAACCAUUGAGAAAUACAGUCCAGACCGAGCUUACCUGUGGAUAUAAAAUGCCUUGUAAACUUGAGAUAAUCAGUUUCCCUGCUGAUGUUUGAAGUAUAGUGAAGUUAAUAUGUUCGUGGCACAAGUCACAAGUAUUAAAGAUGUUUACAGAAGUGCUUAAAAAACAGAAAAUGUUCUGUUGAGGAAGAUUGAAAUGUUCUAAACUCCAACUUGACACUCUGCCACCAGGUUGGCUCAGGAAGAAAUCAAAAGUAUACAAAACCAAGAUCAUCUUCCAAUAAAAUGGAAACAGACUGACUUACAGUGAAAUUAUAGAUGUAUUCAGAUUUGUGCACUUGUUUUCAGAUAGUAAAGAAAAAGAAAAUUGUGGCAAGCUGUCCCGCACUUCAGGUAACAAACGUUAGUGAAUGUGGUCUCUGUUGAAGUGUUUUCAGUUGGUUUUACCGAACAGUGUUUAUAGUAUUAGUCUGUUUUAAUUUGUUUUUUUGUUUUAAUGUGUCUUCUGUAUGUUUUUUCAACAAUGGCAGUAUUAGAACCCUUUUCACAGAUUAAAAAAAAAUGUACCUGUUUAGUUUUUAGAAGACUUUUUUAUAUUUAUGUGUCUUAUUUUUAUAUUUUCUUUUAUGGUUAUUUAUUACACAUUGUAGUGUACAUUACUGUAGUUUGAAUUGAUACAAUAAUAUAUUUUAGUAUGAAAAAUAAUCUCAAGACAAACAAAAAAAACCCCAAAAUGUGGUUCUGGGAGCUGAAGUUUGUUUUAACAAAAAAAAAAAAAAAAACAUAAAAAGAUAAAACAUGUAUUCUGUAAACAUGACUUCUGUUUUAAGCUAAAAAAGAAGAAAAAAAAGACAGGAAUGAAGUGAGAAAUAGAAACUGUUACAUGUGCAUCCGCUCUUUGCGUCGUUAUGAAGCUACUGAAUUCUAAAACUCUGUGAUUUUAAAAGCAUGAGUCGUCACCGUUUUAAUGAAGGAUCUUGUUAUGAAGCCGUUACUCCUCCCUUUUUAUUUCGAAGCCAAAUUUAGAUCGUUCCGCCACCCUGUUUUCUGUUCUGUGCCAACUUGUUCCAUUGUACUGUCGAAAGGCUGCAUAGCGUACGUUCUGUCCUCACCCUUUGUAAAUCCACUGUCUUUUUGUAUUGUUUUUAUUUUAGUUUUGCUCCAUUUUUAUGACUCCCCAUCACAAUAAAAUAUAAGACAGCA